AUGUCCUUGUGGCCAAUUCAGAGUUUUAUCGCAGAGAUGCCUCCACAUUUAGGGUAUUCGUUCAAGAACAUUUUAGUUUCUGGACUAUGGUAUGGGAUGAAGAAGCCAGAAAUGAAAGUGUUUCAAAACCAUUUUGUUGAGCAAGUAAAAACGCUUCAAGAUAGCUUUUGGCUAGAACUAGAUGGUAAUCAAACAAUAUUCAAACUUGUCAUCGGUGGUCAAGCAGCAGAUUUGGUCGCAAAAGCACCAUCAAUUAACUGUAAGCUUCACAAUGGAAAGUUUGAUUGUAGUAUUUUCCUACAUGCAGGAAGGAGAUUACCUGGUCCAGGGAAUAAGAGGGUGUAUGAAUAUUGUCCAAAUGUUCCACCUAGAAGGAACCACAAUGAGAUCUUACUUCAUGCCAAUCUUGCACAACAAAGUGGGGAAGCUAUAUAUGGUGUUAAAGGCACAUCGCCUGUGCAUGACAUCCUACAAAUACCUGAAAUGUUAUUGCUGGACUACAUGCAUCAAGUACUUGAAGGGGAAUACACCAGAAUGCUUGCUAAGUGGUUAAGUGGGAGUUGCCCCAGUGGCGUUACAAGUCUAAGUAAUGGGGAAACAAAAAAGCGUUUAGCAAGAAACUUCUGUCUACCUCCCUUCCACAUGACUUCAAAAGAAAACUCCGACAAAUUGAAGAAUUUAGAAAAUGGAAGGCAAGUGAAAAGCAAACUGUGUUUCUCCAUGUUGGGCUCCCACUCCUGA